AUGAUUCGCGAAAGUGUACCUCUUCUAUUUAAAGACGUUAAUUCGGAUCUUUCAUUGUUUUUCGCUAUCUUGUGUAUUGUUGAUAUAUUCGGUGUUUUUCCAAUAAUUGCUUUACCAAGUUCGAUCGUUCAGUGUGGAUUAUAUGGCAUUCCUUUGGUUUUCGUUGUUUUUGGAUUACAAAUAUACACAGCUGCAUUACUUGGAAAAUCAUGGAUUAUAGCUACCACCUUGGAUCCUAUGAUCUUACGAAAAAAUCGGUAUCCUUUAGCAGCGGUAACCGAAUUAACGCUAGGUCCACGAGCACGAACUAUUAUAACUUUACUUUUGGAUCUUACAAUUUUUGGUUGUGGAAUACCUAAUUUAUUAGUCGCAUCACAGAAUUUGCAAAUGUUCGGAGUUAGAAUGUCCGAAGAAAAAUUUGACAUUUCUUUUUGUUACUGGUUACUUGUCGUUGGUAUGCUACUCUGUCCUUUCAUGUGGUUAGGAAGUCCACGAGAUAUGAAAUGGUUAGCAAUGUUUUCUUGCGUUACCGUAAUUUUGACCGCAAUACUGAUUUGGUGGUGCAUCAUCAACGACGAUCGAAUUAUCGAACAUAUACCGAUACCAACUUCACCAACUUGGGAUAAAUUUAUAUCUGGUUACGGCAUGUUGGCAUUUUUGUUCGACAUACAUCCAACGUUGAUGACCGUUCAAGUUGAUAUGCACAAUCCUCGUAAUAUCAAUAAAGCUGUUAUUUUAUCAUUUUUUGUAAGCGUAUCACUAUUUGGAAUAACGGCGGGAUUGGCAAUGUGGAAAUACGGUGGAAGUAUAACAGCUAAUAUUCUUCAGAUAGUGCCAACGGGAUUUGCAAUAAAUGGUGCUAUCUUAUUAGCUGCUCUUCAAUUAUGCUUAUCCAGUGCAUUAGGUCAUUCGGCGCUUUUUCAACAUUUCGAAGAUAAACUUCGAAUAAAUAGGUCAUUCGGAUGGAAACGUUGUGCAAUAAGAUCAACAAUUGUUUUCUUUGGAGUCGCUGUAGGAGAAAUGGUACCGCGCUUCGACAUAGUAAUGGCUCUGAUUGGUGGAUCGUUAAUGGGCCCAUUGGUUUUCGUACUUCCGCCACUGAUGUACGCCAGAGCGAUAGCUUUGAAAAAUAGCGCGAACCGCAUCUCGACGCCCGAAAUUUAUUCUACUUCUGUAAGACAAUUAAAUUCGAUCGAUGCUAAUUCGGAUCCAAGAAUUCAUUCGAGAUCCGUUUACGAUGGUUUUUUGGGUGUUACUAAAACUAUACCGCAUCGAUAUUCGUACGUUUAUUAUUACGAUAUGGAAAAUGAAAUGUGUGACGAUGAACGUAUAGAAGACGAGGGGGUUGAUCGUGAAGAUAAUUAUUCUAAUGUUAUAAAUCUUAACAAAAGUUCAUUAAUGAGAAAAAAUCAUCAAGAGGAAGCUAUAUUUAUCGACGCUAGUCAACCAUCUUUAAGAAAUUAUCAAAGACAAGAACUCUCGAUGCAACAAUCAUUAUCUAAAUCUCAAAUACUCAAAGAUCUCAAACAAACGAUGAAUUGGUUCGGUUAUUUGAUAGUUAUUAUUGGAAUUGGAAUAACUAUAUCAUCUACUUACAUUAACAUUAAAAAUACUAUUCGUUAUGUACGUUUUACACCCCCGUGUAUCGUUAAUGCCACCAUUGUAUAA